AUGGUUGGAGCCUUGAAACAAGAGGCUUUCCGUAGCAACACCGGCCCUGACGGACGGCCACUGUCGGCACAGGAACGCGAACGAUUGCUGCAGCCCUAUCUGCCCGCUGCUUCACCUCGCGACCCCCAGCGGACCCAACCGCUGCGCCAGCUGAUCAAGGCGGGCCUGCACCUCUUGCUGUACAACCUCAUCCAUUUCGCCUUCUCCGUCUACCACCGCUUUCGCGUCGCAUACCACAACCUGAUCGACCGCGUCUUUGCCGUCCUGUACUACCACCACCGUACCCCAGAGUACAUCCAGAAGGAUGUCAGCCGCCUGAAGAAGCUGCCCAAGCACCUGUCCGUCAUCCUCGAGCUGGACGACAGCACACGCGACAACUCGAGCCUCGAAGCCUUGAUUCACGAUGUCUGCGAGGUCGCUGCCUGGUCCGCCUGCGCAGGUGUGCCCCUGCUGAGCAUCUACGAGCCCUCCGGCCUCCUCAAGCAGUCCCUGCCACUCGUACACCGCCGCAUCUCGCGUACCUUGGCCGCUUACUUCGGCCAUGACAACCCAAACAAGCCGACCCUUUCGCUGGGCGCUCCUCACAUGCAAUCUUUCUCGCCGCCUGCCUCGCCCAAAUCAACCCUCGAUGCCAACUCUUCAAAGUCGCCUCCUCAUCUCUCCAUCCUGCUUUUGUCAGCCUCUGACGGCCGUGGUACCCUUGUUGAUUUGACAAAGACGUUGGCUGAGAUGAGCCAGAAGGGAAAACUUGCGCCCAAGGAUAUUUCUACGGACCUGGUCGAUGCCGAGCUCACCGAGAGCGUCAUGGGCGAGCCUGAACUACUAAUGCUGUUCGCUGACAGUGUCCAUCUGAAGGGAUACCCUCCGUGGCAGUUGAGGCUCACCGAGAUUUUCCAUGUUCCUGACAACAACGGCGUUGGAUAUCAAGUCUUCCUGCGCGGUUUGUACAAAUAUGCCCAGGCUCAGAUGAGGUUUGGAAAUCUUUUAUCCGCCUCUACUACUAUGCAGCAUCCCCCUUCGAUAUUGAGAAUGGGUCUCCUCGAUCUGCCAAUUGAGCUCCUCGACCUGAUCAUUAUCUACUGCGUCACUACUGAGCCCAUGACUGUCUCUCUGGCACCGACAGCAAGCUCUUUGACGCGAAGUCUAUUUCCUCUCGUCUCUCGCCGAAAGCGUUACACAGUAACCAACUACCCAUACAACCUGCUCCUGGUCAAUCGCCUGAUCUCCCGCCUCGCUUUCCGUCACAUCUGGACUCGCAAGUCUCUCGUCAUCUCUCUGACUCCAUCAGAUACGCUAUGCUUUCUUCUGCAUGGGCUGAGCCAACAACAAAAAGACGCGCUAUGCAAAGUACAACUCCCUAGGUUCUUACUCAGUUGGUCGUUUCCAGUCAACUCGGACAUCUGGCUAGUUGCUGGCAAAGAAANNAAGACCGAGAGCUGGUACGGAGGUGCCAAGGAUCCGGAGAAGGAUGUCCAAGGCAAGAGGUUCCAAGCUUUGAUUGGCAUGUUGGCUCAAGUUCCAUUAUCUCCUGCGCAGCUGGUUUUGUUGGAGCAGUUUUCUAUCGGCUGA